GAGCCGCGCACGGUAGCAGUUCCGGAUAACCCUCCAAGGUUCGCGUGCUAAAGCAGCCGCGUCGCUGUACCAAAAUUCGCCGUGUCAGUAUAUACGAAAUUUUAAGAAUAAUAACGUCGAUUUUUGCGUGUCCGUUAGUCGGUUAUAAUUAUUCUGGAUUAAAAUUUUAUUUUUAUUUUGCAAAAUAAAUUAUUUAAAACGUGUUGUGCUUUUUUUUUUCUUGUUUUACAUUUCAUAAUUUUUUUUUCUUUGUAUUAAUUAUUUGUCUCUUGUCUGGUCGUUAAUGAGUGUUAAAAUUAUCUCUAAAUUUUUGAAAUAUUGUGGACAAUUGUACAAAAACAUUACAAAAUAUAAUCGUAUCAACGGGUUUGUGUAUAAAAAAUUUAAUGGAUUUUCUGGAUAAAUAAGACAACAACAACACUAGAUUUUCUGAGAUGUACAAGUGAAAUAUAAAGGCAAAUGCACUAUAGGUGGUCGCGAAAUUUUCGUUAAAGAAAGAACAAACUUAGAAAACCUGCAUCGGAGUUGCAUAAUCAUUCAUGACCAUCAUGAAAACAACUCAAAUUCAAAUAUUUACGGAAGCAAGUGGUUAAUUGACACAAGUAAAACGAUUUGAAAGAUAUUGUCACAGAAUUAUCAAAUUGCUAAAAAUAAACAUUUUGGCGAAGACCGUUGCUAUCAACCCGCCCGCUCUUCUCAGUUUAAUUAUAAUUUAUAAUAUAAUAAGUGCCUGCAUUGUGGCGGCAGUUUACGGUGACCGUGAUUUACGGGUCCCUGGGUUGUUAUAAAUAUCGGCCCACUACCACCACUGGGUACCACUGCUAGAGUCUACAGUGUCGCCAUCUCUUCCAACCAACCGGCGGUGAAGAACUAACAUAUCCGGAGCACGUGCUUAUUAAAACGAUCAAGAACGCUGUGGACAAUCAGGACUUCAACGGGAAAACAUUGUUGAAAACGUUAUAUUGUUGUCACAUUAUUAUCACAGCACGACAAUUGGCAGGAAAUGCGUACAGUAAACACCAACGUACAACAUUCAACAAAUUUCUUAACCGCUACCAUUGAGACGUGAUCGGACUUUUUAGAACUCGAGUGCUUUCUUAAGUUUUUAAUUUGUUACUUUUCGGCAUGGUUAAGUCGACAUGGAAAACGAAGAACGAAUUUCGUACAAUUAUAGACAAACGACUGAUAUAUAGGACUAUCAAAAAACUUAGUUCCGAUUGAACGCCAUGGAUAACGGAACCAAUCCAACAGUCCAACAGAUGACUAUGGACUGGUUCGACUACACGACAAUGGCAUUAAAAGCUUCCAUCAUGGGCAUAAUCAUCUUAACUUCGAUUGGAGGAAACCUACUAGUAAUUGUGUCUGUGGCCAGACACCCUCGACUCAGAGUGAUCACCAACUACUUCGUCGUGUCACUGGCGUUCGCUGACAUGUUGGUCGCCAUAGUCGUUAUGACUUUUAACGCCAGCAAACAGAUAAGCGGAAAGUGGAUGUUUGGCUAUGUAAUGUGCGACGUGUGGAACUCCAGCGAUGUUUACUUUUCUACCGCGUCAAUAUUACAUCUUUGCUGCAUUAGCGUGGACAGGUACUAUGCUAUUGUAAAGCCGCUCAUAUAUCCGGUACUAGUCACUAAGCGGCUAGUGGCGUAUUUGUUGCUCAUCACGUGGCUGGCACCUGCCGUCAUAGCGUUUGUGCCAAUAUUCUUUGGAUGGUAUACCACGGAAAGUUACUUGAUACACCGCAAAUUUCAUCCAGAGGACUGUGAAUGGGUGGUAAAUAAGAUAUACGUCAUCGUUUCUUCGUUAAUAUCUUUUUGGAUUCCUUGUACGAUUAUGUUAUUUACGUACCAUGCAAUAUUCAAGGAAGCCAACCGGCAGGAGAAGCAAAUACACGCGAGAAUCAGCUGUGGGCACCAGAUGAACUACAUCCGAGAGAUGGAGAAUCGAGAAAACCAGUUACGGCCAAACGGCGCUGUAAACGGAUCGUCGUCCAGGACGACAUUGGCGCCGCACGAUUCGCAUUCCACACCGUCUAGGGACAAUAGGAAUAUCAUCAAAAUGAAACGGGAACACAAAGCCGCCCGAACGUUGGGAAUAAUCAUGGGAACAUUUAUUGUUUGCUGGUUGCCUUUCUUCCUAUGGUACGUAAUAACCACUCUGUGUGGGGAAGCGUGCAACGUCUCAUCAUCAGUAGUAGCUGUGCUGUUCUGGAUUGGUUACUUCAACUCGACGCUCAACCCACUGAUAUACGCUUACUUCAACCGCGACUUCAGAGAAGCGUUCAAAAACACACUGCGUUGUACGUUCUGCAACCUCUGCCGGAGUCCUCCGUCCGACCUGGAAGCGCUGGACGCCCGACGGCCUUCGCUGCGGUACGACGACCGUACCCGGAGCGUCUACUCCGAGACUUACCUGAACCACGGCGACAGACGUCGGUCGAGUCAGUUCGGCAGCAGCUUAUGAUCCGCGAUGGUCCGGUCGCGGCCUCAAGUCUAGUCUAUCGUUUCCCCCGACGUCCAACACGACCCCGUCCCCAACGAUUACCUCAAAUGUUAGUCUACUCGCCAAAACACACCAACAACGUUGCCGAGACGUUGUCGACCCACACGAACCCCUCCAAGUGUACAUAAAAAUAAUAUAUUAUUGUUGUUUAGAGCGGUUUCAACAGAAACACUCUGUGCAACCUAAACGCAAACAACAACCGCGUUGUAAUUUUAUUUAUACUACUAUUGCUGUUUUACUACGGAACUUAAAAUGUUUUUAUUUUAUUUUUUGUUUUUAAGUGUUUGUAAUAGCUUUUCUAAUGACUAGAUGUAUUUUACAUGUAGUUUUUAAUGCUUGUUAUUGUAAAGUAUCCCCAACCACAACAAUAUAAACGUCAGCAGUGACAAAACUCGGUGAUAACGUUUGCCUUGUGUUUAACCCAACCGACCGUGUAAGUCUAAAGACCUAUCGAUGCGUAAGCCGUGUAAGUUCUGUUUAAUCUAUUAAAGGAAUCACGACUGUCGCAUACUUACUUGGGCGAACCAGAGUUUAAUCGGAAAACUCAUUAGUGAAAAUAACGUGUCAAACGGUAAAUCAUCAUUAGUCUAUGCGCUCAACAUUUUCUUUCCACGAACCACUAGAGCAGGCAAUGAAAAAUAUGUUGUAAUUAAAAUGACCUCAGUAAAGAUCGUGUUAAAAAAUCCGUUUUAACGUUGUAGGGGCAUCAUGCAAUCUUUUUAUCGAAAUUUCCAAAGACUGAGUCUUAAUAUGCAGUACAUAACUUUACAUGGAUUAGUUAAUGUAUGUUGUAUUUGUACUAGACACAACAUAUACGUAUACUAUUUACCUAUGGAAUUGGUAAAUUAUCGAUUUUAGAGACAAGUGUCAGUCAUUGCACAUUGUUCUUAGUCCAAACCUGUCACUAACUUUGAUUUAAUAAUGUUUUUUUAAUAUGACAGUACAUAAAAUUUAUGUUCAUCGACUUAUAAAGUUCAAAAAAAUGUUGAUAUUUCAAAAUGUCGAAAAUAUUUUCGCUAAUUUUUCAAUUUCAAUUUUCUGUAUAUGUUACAGCUUAAUAUGUUGUAUGAUUCAAAUAUAAAAUAAUAAUAACGUUAUAGAUAUGAGAUUAUAACUUUUUAAUAUCAAAAAUAUAGCAAUAAGUUAAAAUAAUACUAAUCGAUGAAAAGUUUAUCACAAAACAAUUUUCAUUGGUUAGCAUUAUUUUAUCAUUAAAUUGACUUCCACAAUGUAUACGUACGUUCAAUUAUUCGUACAUUCAAAUAUAUUACUGCAUAGGUAAAUAUUUAUAAAAUAACAAAUUAAUUACAUUAAAAUCAGAUUCUAAAACAAAAAAAUAUUCUAAUUUAAAAAACAAAAUUUUAUCUUACACGAGCAGAAACAAAUAUAUGUCCUCAUUUUAAAAAUUAUUAAUUAACGCGUUUUUUAUAUAUAAUUUAAUGAUGUUAAAAAAGAGUUGUGCAAAAUUAGGGGCUUAUCCGUCGAGGUUAACCGUUUUUAUUGACCUGUAAUUUGAGUUUGAUGGGAAUUAUUUAGGAAAAAAAUAGCUGUAUUUACACUGUAAAUAUUUUUAGGUUGAACUCAUAGUUAUGAAAUUAAUACCAAUAGAUAGACAAUUUUUUAGAUAGUUUCAAAGUAUC